AUGCAAGGUGACCACAAUGUCCGUAUUUCAUAUUGGAAAGCUUGGAGAUCUAGACAAAUUGCUCUGGACUUUGCUAAAGGAUCUUCUGGCGCUUCUUUCAACCUGAUUCCAGACUAUCUUAAGCAAUUGGUUCAAGCAAAUCCAGGGACGAAGACAGCUUUACAUACGGAAUUUGAGGAUGGAGUUGGCCAAAGAUUCAAGUACUUGUUCAUUUCGAUUGGAGCAUGCAUUGUAGGGUAUAGGUAUCUAAGGAAAGUUGUAAUCGUUGACGGAUCACAUCUCCGGGGAAAAUACGCUGGAUGCCUUUUGUCCGCUUGCGCUCAAGAUGGAAACUACCAAGUUUAUCCAUUAGCUAAUGCAAUCGUCGAUGGCGAGAACGACAAGGCAUGGGAGUGGUUCCUUGAAAACUUAUUGGAGGUCGUACCACAGUCUGAGGAUUUGGUAUUUGUCUCGGAUUGCCACUCUUCGAUUUAUUACGCAAUAGCGAAGGUCUAUCCGCUUGCUAGGCAUUGCGCCUGUGUGUUGCAUCUGCAAAGAAACAUAAAGACUCAUUUCAAGAACAAGCACCUAGGUUACAUGGUUGGAAAAGCGGCUAGGGCUUACAAGAGAUACAACAUCAUGACCAGCAAUGUUGCUGAAUCAUGGAACGCUGUCCUACGCGAAGCUCGCGAGUUCCCUAUCAAACCACUCGUUGAAUUUAUCAGAGACAAGCUAAUGCAGUGGUUCUCUACUAGAAGAGCUACAACUUGCAUUUCAUUCGACACCCUUACUCCGCGUGUUGCAGAGAUAGUAGCUGCUAAUUUUGACCUCGGGGGGUGGAUAUGGCGUGACAAAUCUGUUUUUGGUAAAGUUAGAGUUGAAAGCCUUGUCUCUCAUUUUUACACUCUAGAGAAUCUACUGGUUGCUUAUGAUAUGGACAUACUACCGGUUACGGAUUCAGCUCCCCCUCCAGUGCCUCUCGAGAUCCAUACUGAUGAUGUUGUUACUGAUGCUAAUGUCGAGUUAAUUCCGCCAACUACUAGACGCCCUCCUGGUCGUCCAACGAAAUCCAGAAUCCUCUCUCGUGGAGAAAUCAGGAUGAAGCCACAUAGGAAGAAACACAUAUGCAGCCGCUGUAAGGCAAGUGGUCACAACAAGGCUACUUGCAAGAUGCCAAUAUAA